AUGGCAAAGACAAAGGUCAAGGUCAAGAAAUACAAGACCAGAGCCGCAAAGCGCCGAGCUGAGUGUCGCGCACAGGAUCUUCCCCUCCCACCUCCCAGAACCGUCUUCCUACCUCCCGGAAUCAUGGUUUUGCUCACCACCAAGGAGAAGUGCGUUUAUACCGAGAAGUAUAAGUGGACCAUGGCCAUGCAACUUUUCAAAGUCGACCGUACAUGGGUCAAGUUGUACAAGAACUGGGGCUCGAUUAGAGAUAGACUCUCUAUCAAUCGAGACCAACUUGAUGAUAUGGAGGGAGAGCAUGAUGAUCGUGCUGCUUUGUUGAUUAAGCUCGUUGCCGAUCAGGCAAACGACAAUUAA